AUGGACGUCCGGGAAAACAACAGGGACCUGCGCUCCCAGCUGGCACAGGCUAAACAACAGAUCCUAGACCUCAGGGAGAAGCUGAAUAUUUCCGAAUCGACGGCCUUCUCCCUGGCCAACCAGCUGCAGAAAUAUAAGUGUGAGGAGUGCAGGGACGUUCUGGAGGCCGUACUGGGGCAGAGGCUGGAUUUCUGGGAGGAGGAGCACGCAGAGACACCAACCCUGGAGGACAAGCUCAGGGAAGCCAAUAUGGUCAUCGAACAACAGGCCCGAGAGCUCACCCAAUUGAGGCAGUUGUUGAAAGAGGGGAGAGAUGGCUCAUUUCUGCUCAAGGAACAUCUGAAGGCCCUCUUCACGCAAGACAACCCUGACAACUGCCAGGGGCAGGGCCUCCGUGAGCACCUGGCGGAGGGGCGCAGGCUGGCAGAGCACCUCGCCCGCACGCUCAGCCCAGAAAACCACGAAGAUGAGGAGGAUGAGAAAGAGGAAGCACCACCAGCCCCUAGGCUGAUCAGAGAGGUCCAGGAGCAGGAGAAGGUGAAUGGAAUCCCGCAGGACCCCCUGGAUGAUGGCCACCCGACUUCUCCCAGUCACCAUGACCUGUGUGACACCCACCAGCCUGCCUGCACCAGUGCCAUCCUGUUUGCACCUCAAAAUGAUGAGAAGCAUGAGGAAAGACCAGAGCCCAUGGAGCCCAGCCUCAGCAGGGAGAGGGAGGAGAUGAAUCCCACCCAGCAGCCCUCACUGCGUGAGCAGCGUCUCACUCUCUCCAGUGGCCACGACUUCUCUGAUUCCUGCCACCCUUCCAACAGCACUGCCUUGCUGCCUGAUGAGGGAGAAGUCUGCGCCUCCCCGGAUAUAGCUGAAAGUCAAAGUGAGAACACUUGCAAGGAUAAGGAUGGAACAGAGCCGAUGCCCUCCAGCAGGGAGCUGUGGGAGAAGGACUCAGUGGACAAACUGGGACAGCAUUCCUUAGAUGCUUCCUACUUGUCACCUUCCAGCGGCCAAGACUUCUUUGACACCUGCCGGGCUCCGGACAGUCCUGCUUUCGUGACUGAUGACAUCUGGGCUGCUUGGGAGGCAGAGAAAAACCUACACGAUUCUAAGGAUGAGGAAGGGCAGGAGCCAGCGGCCCCCAGGAAAUACCACGUCAUCAUUCAGGAUCAGGCGCAACAGCUGACGCAGCUUCGCCAGAAGUUGCGGGAAGGAAGAGAUGCCUCCUCCUCACUCAGUCGCCAUCUCGAGGCCCUCCUCACACAGGAGGACAGUGUCAACUACCAGGAGGAACUGGAGGAGGGGCGUAGGCUCGCAGCAUGUCUUACCAGCAUGAUCAGCCCAGAGAACUGUGAAGAUGAGGAAGAUAAAGAAGAUCUAGAAUCACUGGCCUCCAGUGUGUACAGUGAGCCGCAGGAGGACACAGGGAUUGGAGGACUGUCACAGGCACUGACUGAGCAGGAUGUCCCUCCUGGAGCUGACCUGUCUGACUGCCAGGAACCAAUCAGAAGCGCCGCCUCCCUGUCUGAUGAGCCUGAGGUUGGCUCUGUUCUGGAUGGAGCGGCUGCCAUGCAGCAGACCUGUCCCCAAGGGCCUUGGAGUGGAGACUUGAGCUCCUACGUGUCACAGGUGCAAGAUGGAAAGACACAGCUGCAGCCAAGCACCCUGGUGACCCACUGUCUGCAGCUGCAGCUGGACCAGCAGUGGGGUCCUGGCUGUGGCUUAGCCAGAAGGAGCCUCCCCUGCGCCCCCUGGAGCCUGGCAGCCAGCGCUGACUCUGGGCUCCAGUGGCUGCUCUUCCCAGGUGGGGAAGGAGUGGGGAACAGGACGCUCUAA